AGCUUAAUGAUCUGAGAGAGUCUACUCAAAGAGAUAGUGAAUACCAUGAAAUUGGAUUAUCAGAAGCUAAAUAAGUGAUAAACUAACUUAAUCGGUCGUUAUAGAACUAUCUGAUUUGAAUCAAACUUCAGUUGAUAUUUCAGUAAAAAAAAAAAAGAUGCCUAUUAACACAAGUAAAUCAGUCAAGAAUCCUAAAACAGAUUUAUCGGUGUGUACCGAAGUCCACUAUGAUCUGAAAUUGACGAAGAAAACGAGUAUCUUGAUGGAUUUCAAAAAUCGGAGAAUUCUAGAUACGCUCCUUCCUUGUUAUCCGUUCUAUUUAACAUAUUUUUUUUUCUAUUUUAGCUUUUCACUUUGCCAGUCGUGGUGAAAUGAAUGCAACAUUAGGCGUUCCACGUCUUCGUAAGUUACUUAUAGUUGCAUCUAUAAAUGUUAAAACACCAACAAUACAAGUUCUUAUCUUACGUAGUUCAUUAGCAUUAAGUAAAGCAAAACGUUUACAACGUCGUUGA